AUGGCUAGUGUUAGCACUGACUCUCAACCCUAUGAAGGAUUUGGGGAGAACAGCGGUGUCCGAACCCAUUAUCGUGCGGCUGGCCAGGGACCUCUAUUGCUUCACCUUCACGGCUUUCCUGACAAUGGAGAGACGUUCAAGGCCCAGAUGGUGGAAUUUUCAAAGAAAUACACGGUCGUAUGUCCAAUCUUGCGCGGAUUCCCUCCGAGCGACGUGCUAGAUGACGCGGAUGCGUACGAUUUGUCGCAUGUCGUCGGCGACAUGGUUACAAUCAUUGGCCAUUUCAAGGCCGAAAAGGCCAUCAUCGGAGGUCAUGAUUUUGGCGGAGCAGCAAUUCAGAUGUUGGCGAUGAUGGCGCCAGACCGUGUUGCGGGACUAAUCCUCAUCAACACGCCUGUUGUGCCAAGGCUGUAUGAUCUAGUGAAUUUUGAUCAAGGCCAGCAGAAAAUGUCCGAGUAUACGAUAAAGUUCAUGGAGUAUCAACCUGGAGGCGAAAAGAAUGAGGCGGAUGUUGUGAAAUUCAUACGGGAUCCUGCACGUCGGCAAGCAGUACAGGAGUACAUGCGUACCUCUCCGAUGCAUGGCAUGUUCGCCUACUACAAAAAGAACUACCCCGGGCCUCCCUACGGUCAGAAGGUUGAUACCUCCCACAUGCAUUUCCAAAUUCCAACACUCAUAAUCUGGGGUGUUGAAGACGAAUACUUCUCCCCCAAAUUCCUCGACCAAAUCCCGCAGAUUUUCCUUGCAGCUACCCGACUGGUUACGUUGCCUGGACUUGCUGGGGGUAUUUCGCAGACAUGUAUGCCUAGGGCCAUCGAAUUGAAUCUGUCAGGGUACCUUUCCAGCAUCGCAGAGUACAAUUUUGUUCGGCUUUUCUUCUAA